GUAUGAAGAAAUGUAUGAUAAAUUAAAAGAUUUUCAUACCCGAACAGGACAUGGGGGAAAUGUGAAGCUUCGCUUGGCUUUAAUGAAUAAAUACGCGAUUCCAAGACCAGCAAUAGAAGCUUUCCUGUCAACUUGUUUAUCAUGCAACAGUAAAAAACCAGUAAACCGUAAAUUAGUUAUCAAACCCAUAAUAAGUGAAGAUUUUAAUGAAAGGGGGCAAGUCGAUUUAGUGGAUUUUCAAUCAAAUCCUGAUGGUAAAUUUAGAUGGAUUUUAAAUUAUCAAGACCACAGUACAAAGUUUUUAUCCUUACGACCUCUGGAAUCCAAAAGAGCAAUUGAAGUAGCAAGAAAUUUACUUUCAUUAUUCCUCACUUUUGGGGCUCCAAAAAUCUUACAAAGUGAUAACGGUCGAGAAUUUGUCAACACUAUAAUUACAGAGCUCAAAACUCUGUGGCCUGACUGUGUUAUAGUGCAUGGUCGACCCAGACAUCCCCAAAGUCAAGGUAGUGUAGAACGAAGUAAUCAAGAUAUCGAAAAUAUGUUGAGAGCAUGGAUGGUCGAUAACAAUUCAAAAAAAUGGUCCAUUGGCUUAGAAUUCGUUCAAUUUCAAAAAAAUUGUUCCCAUCAUCGAGUAAUUAAUAGAUCUCCAUAUAAAGCUUUAUUUGGAAGUGACCCGAAAAUAGGUUUAACAACUUCAAAAUUACCAUCAGAAGUUUUGCAAAAAAUAUCAACUGAAGAGGAUUUACUAAUGUAUACUGGAGACUCAGACGAUCCACAUUCCACGAUUAAAAUGAUCACUUCACGUUGUAGUCUUUGUGGCAAUGAAGUAAUAGUGGAAAUCAACUCUGCUAGUGCUAUUGUUUGUAAUUUAUGCAAAAAUAAUGAAAAUAUCAUUCAAUCGAGACAACAAGGAUUAAAAGGCUUACAAAAGGCUGCGGAAAAAAUGUUGAAGAUAAGCAACCUUAAAGUUACUCUAUUUCAAGUUGAAGAUUGUGUUAUAGUUCCAGUUCCUAAGGUGGAUAGAGGUCCAUCAGACUCUGCGAAUAUAAUUGCCAUAGUUACGGAACAAAAAAAUGAGCUAAAUCGUCUAGGAACCAAACACGGGAUAAUUAAAGGAUGGUUCAAUUCUUCGACUCUUCAACCAGCUAAAUCCAAUUUUAUUAACAUGUCAGACGUCAAUAAAGAAAAAGAGUUAAGUCUAAGGGAAAUAGUGGCUCUAACAACGGGAGGACAAGGUUUUCAUAGUUGUAAUUGUAGGGGCAAAUGUGAAACAAAAAAAUGCGCUUGCUUUAAAUCUAGCUUAAAAUGUAAUAGCCGUUGUCAUAAUACUACCCCAUGUUCAAACAAAUAAUAUACU